AUGCUGUUUUUUGGGAUGAUCGUAGUAGUGACCCUUGCUGUGGUUAGAGGCAAAGCUGUUGAUUUGACACCUCCAACUUUCAGUAGUCAGUAUGCAAUAAUGGGUGUUCUGAAGUUACCAUAUGCUGACUUAGAGGAACCUUUCACUGCCUAUGUUGACGUUGAUAACAAACGAAGUAGCAUCUCCUAUUAUAAUGACAUUGUCACUAUCAUUCAGCGUGGAGAUCAUGGGCCUUAUGGUGAAACCUAUACUGUGGCCCCUAUCACUACAUAUAAAGUCUACAAUGAGAAGUCAUGCUUCAAAUUAUCUGGAGCAAAUGGAUCUAGAGUUGAACCACAGGUAGCCCUUCCUGACCUUACUGGUUUUAAGAAUGUUGGUGAAAAGAUUUACCUUGAUUCUGCUGUAAAUGUUUGGGAAAAAGUCGAGCAGGUUGGUUACAAGAAGAACACCUAUGUUAUGUGGGUGGAGAAAUACCAUAAUGACCCUGUCCGCUACGAAAUGAUGGGCUAUGAUACUCUCUUUGGCUCUCACUAUGACAAAUAUAUUAUUGAUUAUAUUGUUUACAAGAAAGGACCCCCUGACGAGUCGCACUUUGAUGUGCCUAAAAAAUUGACAUGUAAAGGAUUUCCAGGUCCAGGAAAAGAAGAACACUUGGUUGCUAUGAAUCCAUUGAGUGAACUGUUAAACAUCAAGACAGACUAUACAGAUAAAAUGUUUGAGAAAUUUAAGUCCCAACACAACAAGAAAUAUGAAUCAGAUAAAGAACAUGCAAAACGUAAAGACAUCUUCCAGCAGAAUCUCCGUUUCAUCAACUCCAAAAAUCGUGCUGGCCUCACCUAUACUCUGAAAGUUAAUCAUCUGGCUGACCUUACAGAUGUUGAAUUGAAAGUUCUCCGUGGUCGACGUCACAGUGGUGUUCAAAAUGAUGGCCUUCCUUUCAACUUAACAGCUGAACCUGGUUCCAUUCCAAGUUCCAAAGAUUGGAGAAUUGACGGUGCUGUUACCCCUGUUAAGGACCAGGCUGUCUGUGGAUCUUGCUGGAGCUUUGGAACAACUGGUACCAUUGAAGGUGCUUUUUUCCUCAAGACCAAGCAUCUUGUUAGAUUGUCUCAACAAGAAUUGGUUGACUGUUCUUGGGGAGAAGGUAACAAUGGCUGUGAUGGUGGUGAAGAUUUCCGUGCCUACAAUUGGAUUAUGAGCAAUGGAGGGCUGACCUCUGAGGACAACUAUGGACAAUACUUAGCUAUUGAUGGUAAAUGCAAGUCCCGAACUGUGGACCCUGUUGUCAAAUUGAAGGGUUAUGUCAAUGUCACCUCUGGAAGUGAAGAUGCUCUGAAAAUUGCCAUUAUUAAAGCAGGACCCAUUUCAGUGGCUAUUGAUGCUUCACACAAAUCGCUCUCUUUCUAUGCAAAUGGUGUCUACUAUGAACCAAAAUGCAAAAGUGAUCCAGAUUCCUUGGAUCAUGCCGUACUUGCUGUUGGUUAUGGUGAACUCCAUGGAAAACCUUACUGGCUGAUCAAAAAUUCCUGGUCCACUUAUUGGGGUAAUGAUGGCUAUGUAUUGAUUUCCAGUGAGAACAAUCAUUGUGGAGUGACCACUUCUCCCACUUAUGUCAUUAUUGAAUAA